GCUUCGCUCGUAGUGCCUACCAACUCAACAUCUAGCGGCCUGUGUUAACAAGAUGUCUCAUUCAAUCAUGUCUAUUAUCCUUAGCAUGAUAUGCCUCGUUGUUGCCUUACCCCAAAUUGUGGUAUUUAGCGGUUCCGCGACGUUCUUUAACCCAGGCUUGGAUACAUGUGGAGCCACAAACACCGCCGCCGACCUGAUUGUCAAGCUCAGCACGCCUCGCUACGGCACCGGAGAGAACUGUUUCAAGGACGUCGUUGUAUUUGCAAAUGGAGCCAGUGUCACGGUGUCCGUCGUAGGCGAAUGCCCCGGCUGCGGUUUAAACGACAUCGACCUUUCUCCCGGCGCGUUCGCGAGACUUGCUGACCUGAGCGAAGGGCGCAUCAACGUCCAGUGGGGGUUUGCAGACUCCUAACAUCCGUAAAGCCAAUGAUUGAGCUUCAUUUAUACGCCAGUAGUCGAAAAGGCCAUCGUAGUGUGUGGUACGAGCUUGGUGAAGCACAGGGAUAUUUGAUAUAUACAAAGCGCCACCGAGCAGAAAGGCUAGUUGGGACAAGAGAAGCACUAUACCUACGGCGUAUGAGCAUCCGCACUUUGUCCAAUGACCUCUAUCAUCUUCUCUGAAGCUUGUCCCGGCUUGAGCUCGACGUUGUCCAAGAAGUCGUUAUCCACAAGAAAGUGGAUGGCCUGCGAAAGUGCGGGAGAAGCAUGAAGUCAAGAUAACAGACUGACAUUUCGCAACAGUGAAGG